UUUCCAAAUUUGAAAAAAUAAUGAUAUUUCUGUUAAUGUUUAUGCACUAGAAUUAAAUGUAAUUAAAGAAAAAUCAUAUUACACGGAAGUACCUGCUCGGUUAACGAAACUUAAGCAUGAAAAACAUGUAAAUUUAUUGUUAAUUCAGAAUAAAUAUUUUCCGAAAUUAAAUGAUUAUGAGGCUCCACCUAUGGAUGAUAAUGUUGAUAAUACUAAAAUAACAUAUCAUUACUGUUUGAUUAAAGACUUGUCACGAUUAGUUAGUAAACAAUUAAGUAAAAAUUCAAACAAAAAAUUUAUUUGUGAUAGAUGUUUAAAUUAUUAUUUCAAGUGAAAAUAGGUUAGCUGAACAUGAAAAAGUAUGUUAUGAUUUAAAUAAAUAUAAAAUGAGUGCUUCUAAAUUUAUUCAUGCUAAGUCUCGUAAUUUUACAUGUAAACAUACAACUCCUUUUGUUACAUAUGCUGAUUUCAAAUGUCAAUUAAAAAUUUUUGUUGAAUCCGGUAAUAAAAGUAAAACAGUAAAAUAUCAAAAACAUAUACCAUAUAGUGCACGUUUUUAUGUGAAAUAUUCGUACGAUGAUAAUCUUCUUUAUUUAGAAGCUACCGUGGAACUGAUUACAUGAAUUGGUUUGUAAAUCAAAUAAUUCGAGUUUCAUAAUUUGUUAAUUCUAAAAUAAAAACAAUAAUACCUAUGAUUGAAAAGCCGAAUACCAAUAAUGCAAAAAUAUAUUAUAUCUGCAAAAAACUUUUUACUGAAGACGAUAUCGUUGUCAGAGACCAUGAUCACUUUACAGGAAAAUUUAGAAAUUUUUUACACCAAACAUAUAAUCUUAACUUUGGGAAAUUGUUUGUUAUACCUGUAGUAUUUCAUAAUUUCAGUGGGUAUGAUAGUCAUUUUAUGAUUAAAAAUGUACUUCCCAUCAAUAAAGAAAAAUAUAUUUCUUUUACUGUACAUUCCAAUGAAAAUGAUAUAAAAUUACGUUUCAUAGAUUCAUUUAAGUAUUUUUGGUGUUCCCUAGAAGAGUUGCCUAAUAUUUUAGAUAUAUCAGAAAAGACAAUUUUAAAGAAAACAUUCUCAUUUAGAUAAUGAUAAUUUUAAAUUAUUAAUUAGCAAGGGGGUAUUUUGCUAUGAUUAUAUUGAUAAUUUAGAGAUUAGAA